AUGCCUUCGAGAAGAUCUCAUACCAAGUCGCAUCACGGCUGCCGACAAUGCAAGGCCCGGAGAGUCAAGUGCGACGAGACCGCCCCUCAGUGCCAGCGAUGCGUCAAGAGACACAUCACCUGCUCGUUCGUGACCGAUGGCACUGAUGGCUUCGUUCAAUCGGCGACACCCGCGCCGCUACCAACAGCACCCCAGGUCGAUCAUUUAGCCCCCAAAGAUGGCCCAACAAACGGCUACCACAAUGUCGAGGUUCCACUGCACCGUUUCGAUAUGCCGCAACCAUCUCAACCGCAGCAGCCCAGCCUGGCAUCCAGCAUAUCGCCCGCGCCGCCUCCAGCCAAGGUUCUCGAUCUUCUGGAUCUGGAACUGAUCCACCAAUACUGCACGAGAACUUACCUUUCUAUCUCGUCGCGCUUGGCAACCCAUGUUAUCUGGCGAGACGCCGUUUUUCGCGAAGGCCUCCGGCAUGAGUUUGUCCUGCGUGGAAUCAUGGCCACUGCUGCCCUGCACCGAGCUUCCACCCAUCCCGUGUACUCGGAUGAGUACAGGAAAUACGCCAAUGCCGCCCUGAUUCACCAGCACGCGGCUCUACAGGAGUACUCGCCACUGACAGCAAGCCCGACCGCUGACAAUGCUGUCGCGCUGUUUUCCCUAUCCAUGCUUCUGACAGUCAUCACGUUUGCUGUGGAGCGUUUGCCUGACGACCUGAAGACCGGUGGCCCCUACCUCACACUCGCCGAAACCAACCCUGACAUUUAUCUACCACUCGGAUCCCCUACAAGGAACUUCAUUGGCGUGAUUGUCACUUUGCGAGGUAUUCUGGUAGUCAUCCGCCAGACAAAUCAAUACCUCCAAGGCGACAUAGCUGAGAUGCUACGAUACCCAAAGAUCGAGGAUCUCCCAGUGCAUCCUCCAGAGAUCUCGAGAAUGUAUGAGGAUCUGGCCGAGACUGCUUCGUCCUAUCGCCCUCACACAAUCAAGACAGAACUCUCCGUCGAUGAGCUCUGUGAGCUAUUCUUCAAGCAAGUCAUACGUCUCCGGGACGUUACUCGGUGUCGAGGCGUUGUCGAAUGGGACAACCAUAUUUUCUCCUUCCUGGUUGGCUCACCGCCCGAGUUCAUCAAUUGUAUCAAACAGGGAGAUCCGAUGGCACUCGUCAUUCUAGCUCAUUGGGCUGCUUGUUUCAGAUGUAUGGACCAUCAUUGGUGGGCGGUCGGCUGGGGCGAGCAGCUCGUGUUGGAUAUUGCAAGUCUUGUUGAUAUGGGCGCAUGGUCCAAAGUCAUGGAAUGGCCGUUGUUGCAGUGUGGCCGUUCCGUCAGCGAUCCGGGAUUUGCUCAGCCUUGGAAUGCGCCAUGA